GGAAAAUGGGGGUGAAAUGGCAGGGUGGAGGCGGCAGGCGGGUGGCUGGUGGUUUGCAGCCGAUAGAAGGAGUCGGGGAGCAGGGGGGUACACGGGGUUUGAGGGGUACACGGUGGGAGAGAGCGGAGGGAGCCGGGGGGCGCAGACCGGAGCGGUGAAGCGCUUGAUCUGCGGCAGCAGGCGGCCCGGGCCUGUGUACCGGCAUCGUAGAUUAGCAGCACAACAACAACAGCAAGAAACUUUUACAAACAGAGACAAUCGUGCAUUAGCAUUUUGGAACAAAUCGUAUUGUUUCACGACGACAACAACAACAAAUAAAUAAAUUCUGACGCGCCCCCAAUUGUUGUACAACGUCAUCAACGCCUUUGGUACCUACAUGGGAGGAAUAUGGUGUGUGUGUGGGCACUAAUUUGUAAUUCGUGUUGCCAAAUCAUAAUAAUUGUAGGGGAAGUCGGUUUGUUAAUACGUGUGUCCGCGGUGCGAUACAACGAUGGGUUGCAAUUCACAGUAAAGAGCUUUUGUUAGUGUGGUCGCACACUUGCAGGGACUGUAGCGUUCUUUCUUCAGUUCAGGUUCACAAUGACAAGUAUGUAUUUGUCAGUUUUAGAUACGGGUAAGAUGUCAGAUUGUAAUGAAGGGAGGGAUACUGAGUUGAGGCGUUCUUAGUAUAUAUGGAAUUUAUCAUAUCAGAUGGGCUGAGCCGGAAUUUCUAGCACUGUGGGUACAAACAAUGUGAAGCACAGUAUCGUGCCAGCAGACCAUGGGUAAGGAUUACUGCACCUGGCGCUGCUGCCCCAGCAGCAUAACCGAUGAAAUAUAAUGAUGUGUCGUCUGUCAGCCCGAUGCUGAGCAGAGAAACAAGAAGGUAUACUUUAUAAACCAUGGACAGUCUGGGACUUCAAGCAGUGACACUCAGUGACAGCUCUAGCUCAUUCAUCCAGCAAGCUAUCAAAGAUGGGAAGCUGAUUGAAGGAGACACCAUCCAGUUGGAGGACGGUACCACCGCGUACAUCCAGCAGGUCACCGUGCAGCAGAAAGACUAUACCCCGUUCGAGGAUGGCCAGGCAGUACAGCUGGAAGAUGGCAGCACUGCCUACAUUCACCACAUGCUCAAAGAGGGCUAUGACCCCAGCACGGUGGAGGCAGUCCAGCUGGAAGAUGGCAGCACGGCGUACAUCCACCACCCCUCCGGCAUGCAGGCCAGCAACACCAUCCUGACCGUGCACACUGAGGGCGGGCUGGAGGAGGGCACAGUCGACCCAGAGACCAUCACCACCUUGGAGCAGUUCGCCAGCAAGAUGUCCGAGUCGGAUGUGGUGGAGGACAAUGGGCCCAGCAGCACCGGGCUUCAGCAGAGUGACUCUGCAGAGGAUCCCGGCGCUAUCGAGGUGCUGUUCCAGGAGUCGCGCAGCUCAGGGAAGUCUCAGCAGAGCGGGGAGAAGUCGCAUCGCUGUCAGUACGAGGGCUGCGGCCGGCUCUACACCACAGCUCACCAUUUAAAGGUUCAUGAAAGAGCUCACACAGGCGACCGGCCGUACAGGUGUGAUGUGCCGAGCUGCGGGAAGGCCUUCGCUACGGGGUACGGCUUGAAGAGCCACAUCCGCACACACACUGGAGAGAAACCGUACAAGUGUCCUGAAGACAUGUGCACUAAGGCCUUCAAGACAUCAGGAGACCUGCAGAAACACGUACGCAUACACACAGGUGAGCGGCCGUUCCAGUGCCCGUUCGAGGGCUGUGGCCGCUCCUUCACCACCUCCAACAUCCGCAAAGUCCACAUCCGCACCCACACUGGGGAGCGGCCCUACAUGUGCGAGGAGCAGGGCUGCGGGCGGGGCUUCGCCAGCGCCACCAACUUCAAGAACCACAUGAGGAUACACACAGGUGAAAAACCGUAUGUGUGCACUGUGCCAGGCUGUGGAAAGCGCUUCACGGAGUACUCCAGUCUGUACAAACACCACGUGGUGCACACGCACUGCAAACCCUACACCUGCAACCACUGCGGGAAGACGUACCGGCAGACCUCCACCCUCGCCAUGCACAAGCGCACCGCACACGGGGACUUCGAGGCCACAGAGGAGGCAGAGCAGCGCCACUCCGAUGACGGAGGGGAUCAGGAGCCCGAUCUGAAACGGCAGCGCAUCGCCUUCCUGACUGAGGGGGAUGGGGGCGCGGCCCCACACGUUGCCAUGGUAGCACAGGACGUCAUGGAGUCACAGGUCGCGCUGAUCACUCAAGACGGGACACAGCAGGUGAGCCUAUCCCAUGAGGACCUGCAAGCACUGGGUUCAGCCAUCACCAUGGUAACACAGGACGGCAGAACAAUUGCAGUCCCUGCCAACCAGGGUGACAUCGCUGGGUCUGGCACCCACGCAGUUACUGUGGUGACGGCUGAUGGAACGGAGGCACAGUCGGUGGCCAUUGUAACAGAUGGGAUGAUGGUUGGAGAUUCACAUGGAACAGCUCAGCAUUACCAACAGGUGGCGCUGUUGGCCACAGCAAACGGAACCCAGAUAGCGGUACAGCUGGAGGAGCAGCAGACCCUGGAGGAAGCCAUCAGCAUGGCCACAGCAGCCAUUCAGCAGGGCAGCAUGUCUCAGGACGAGGUGGUGGCUGAGCAAGGCUGCUGAGAAACUGCGUGAAGAAACUGGAACCAGAGGCGCAGAGUCAGGGGGUGCGCUGCCAGCUUUUAAAAACUUUUCUUCUUCUUCAUGGCGUUGCCACUUUGAGUCCAAAAGGUAUUGCUUUUAGUUUUUUUCUUAAAAUUAAAAAAAAAAAAAACAAACAAAAACAAACACCGCCGGCUGUUUCCCAGCCUUGUUCGUGAAGGGGAACGCAACUUGCCCCCACCCCCCCAAAUCCCAGGACCUUUCCUGGCAGAAAGGUUUGACAGCUCGGCUUCUCUCGCACUGAAAUCAAUGGGAAAUGAAGGAGCUUCCAGAUGUAGAAGAGCCACCAGGAUAAUGUAGGCUUUUCUUGCUGUGUUGUUUCACCUUUUGUUUUCCCUCACUCUCUUUCCAUUGGAUUUCUGGAAUGACUGCCAGCAAGGACUUAUAUGUACUAAGACUAGCGCCCUCUCACGCUGGAGGAGGCUGAUGCGCUCAGAUGGUCCGUGCAAUCUCCCUAGACUUGAAGCGCAGCAAAGUACUCCCCUCCUAAUAGUAUUAGAUGCGUGUGAUUUUAACAGCUGGAGCACUCUGCUUUCCUGAUCUCCGAGUCCAGAGAAAGACGGCGCCUGUAUCUUUUUCAACUGUACCAAAGGUUUUGUUUAAACCAGCAAUAAAUAUAUCUUUGCAUUGUUUUCCAUUGCACAUAAAAGCCAGCUCCACACACCCGAUCGCUUGGUUGUAAUUGUUUUGAACAAGUCAUAAAAAUUACUGGUUAAAACCAAAAAUAGGACUAGUUUUGCUAGAGAAGCCGCGCUGUUUUGAGUUUGCGUUUCCACACGGGCCCCUUUCCCAGAGCUUCGUGACAGGCGGUGUACUGUUUGUCUCAGGUGAUAGGAAUUGCUUUUUUUUUUUGGUUAAUGAAACUUUUUGUGAGAGAGAGAGGGAGAGGGAGGAGUGAACCCUGAUUUCUUUUUUAUGUACUGAAAUUGUCUAGACUUUUUUUUUUCUUUUCUGCUUUAAAAAGGUGUUUGGGCUGAUGUGUGUGAAGGGACUUUAAAUAAAAAUGUGGUUAAAAC